AUGGUAAAAUUCAUGAUUACACCUUUACUUGAUGGUAUUACAUUGCAACUUGAAAUUUGUUCUGAUGACACCAUUCAACAAUUAAAACAAAAAAUCGAAUCAAAAUUCAAUAUUAACGCUGAGAACCAAGAAUUAUUUCUUGGAGAAAAGAAGCUUGACGAUAAUCGUACAGCGAAUUAUUACAAAAUUUUUACAGACGAAAAAGUUAGGAUUGUACGAAAAGCUGAAGGUUUUAUGCAAGUGUCCAUUGUUGGUGCUUUAACAGCACAAGCUGGAAAAUCUACGACUAUUCUUCUCAAAAAAUCCGAUACCGUACUCGAAUUGAAACAAAAAUAUUUUGAAAAGAGAUUUCUUCCAGUAGAAGAACAGAUAUUGAUAAUUGAUAAUCAUCAGUUAGAAAAUCAUAAACUCUUGUCAGAUUAUGGUGUCAAAAAUGGGAUGAAUAUUUAUCUUGUAGGAAGAUUGCGUGGAGGCUUUUAA